AUGUCGAAGACCACCCCUUUACUUCCCUUCAACAAGUCGACUGUCCUUUGGAAUAGAUUCCUACAGCUUCCAGUACUUGGAAUACUCUGUGCUCUUGGUUCGGGUGUUUGUUUUUCUAGUUGUUCACUGGUUGUUAAACUUCUACCAACAUUGAAUCCCAUGGAAAUCCUUGCUUGUGAAUGUCUGUUGCAGACUUUUAUUUUCAUUUCUAUCAGUAUUUAUUCUGGUCACCAUUUUUUUGAAGUUCCCGAAGAACGUUGGUUUCUUAUAAUCCGAGGAAUCACGGGAGUGCUUUACGCCAAUCUUAUCUUUUAUUCCUUUAGUCUUAUUCCUUUGGCUGAUGCUUCCACCAUUGCUUUCAGUGCACCUGUGUUCGUGAGUUUUUUGGCAUGUAUACUGCUAAAAGAACCGUGUGGCUUGUUUCAGAUAGUAUCAGUGGUCGUUACAGUAGUUGGAGUGGUCAUGAUUGCCAAACCAACUUUCAUCUUUGGUUAUAACAAAGAAGACGUUCGCUCCUUUGACCGG